AUGGAUGAAAAAGAGUCGAAGAAGGAAAAGAAGGAUAAGGUCAAGGUGAAAGAAGAUGAAGAGAAAAGGAAGGACACAGAUAAAAAAGAGGAGGAUGUGGAUAAUGUGGAUGAGGAAAAAGAAGGGAAUAAGAAAAAGAAGAAAGAGAAGAAAGGGAAGGGACAUGAGAAUGAUGAUGAUGGAACAGAGAAGAAAAAUGAUGAGGAAAAGGUUGAUGACAUUAAAAAAGAAGGGAAGAAGAAGAAAGAUGUGGAGGACAAAAAGAAGAAACACAAGGGGAAGAAGCAGAAAGAUGUGGAGGAGAAAAAGAAGAAACACAAGGGUGAUGAUGAUGAGAAGGAGAAGAAAAAGGAUGAGGAAAAAGACAAUGACAGCAAAAAAGAAGGGAAGAAGAAGAAAGACAAAGAUGAUAAAAAGAAGAAACACAAGGGUGAUGAUGAUGGGAACGAGAAGAAGGACAAGAAAAAAGAAGAGAAAAUAGACAAGAAGGAGAGAAAGGAGAAACACAAUAAUGUAGAGGAUGAGGAAAAGACCAAGGUUGAAGUUACUUCUAGGGAGAUUGAAAUAGAAGAACAUGUCAAGGAAUCAGAGGGUGAAAUGGAGGAACAGAGCCAGAAAGAUGAAGUAAAGGAAGGUAAAGAGAAGAAAGACAAAGAUAAAAAGGAGAAGGGCGAGAAGAAAAGAAAAGUUGAUAAGAAGGACAAGUCCAAGGAUGUUGGAAAGUUGAAACAGAAGCUAGAGAAGAUUAAUGGCAAAAUAGAAGCCCUUCGUGAAACAAAGUUAGACAUCAUGAGGCAGAUAAAAGAAGCUGAAGGUGAAAGUCUCACUCUUGCUGAGAAGCCCACAGAUGCGGCACUGGCGGCCACUGAUGGAGUAUAA